CACUGCCCCACCUCCAUGGCCCUGGGGGCUCUGAGCCUCUCUCCUUUCCUGCCAGGUGCCCAGCAGAGUGCCACAGUGGCCAACCCCAUGCCGGGGGCCUCUUCGGACCUGCUGCCCCACUUCCUGCUGGAGCCCCAAGAUGUCUACAUCGUCAAGAACAAGCCCGUGAGCCUGGCCUGCAGGGCGACGCCCGCCACCCAGAUCUAUUUCAAGUGCAACGGGGAGUGGGUGCAUCAGGGCGAGCACGUCACGCAGCGCAGCACGGACCAGGGCACCGGGCUGCCCCUCAUGGACGUCCGGAUCGAUAUCUCCCGGCAGCAGGUGGAGCGGAUCUUUGGGCUGGAGGAGUACUGGUGCCAGUGCGUCGCCUGGAGCUCCUCGGGGACCACCAAGAGCCAGAAGGCCUACGUGCGCAUUGCCUACCUGCGGAAGAACUUUGAGGAGGAGCCAAUGGGCAGGGAGGUCUCCCUCGAGCAGGAGAUCAUGCUGGUGUGCCGCCCCCCGGAGGGCAUCCCGCCGGCCGAGGUGGAGUGGCUGCGCAACGAGGAGCUGGUGGACCCGGCGCUGGACGCCAGCGUGUACGUGACGCCGGAGCACAGCCUGGUGGUGUCGCGGGCGCGCCUGGCUGACACGGCCAACUACACCUGCGUGGCCAAGAACAUGGUGGCCCGUCGCCGCAGCUCCUCCGCCGCCGUGACCGUGUACGUGAACGGCGGCUGGUCGACUUGGACAGACUGGUCGGCCUGCAGCACCAGCUGUGGACGGGGCUGGCAGAAGCGGAGCCGGAGCUGCACCAACCCAGCGCCCCUCAACGGGGGAACGUUCUGUGAGGGCCAGAACGUGCAGAAAAACGCCUGCACCACCCUGUGCCCAGUGGAUGGAGGCUGGUCGGGCUGGAGCCGGUGGUCGCUGUGCGCUCUGGACUGCACGCAUUGGAGAAACCUCCCUGGGCGCCUGCCCGUCCCCUCCUGUGGGGGGCGCUGCAGCACAGGACCCCGCGGCCCUGGCCAGAGCAAAGCCUGGCUCAGCGCGGUUCUCCCCCCAGCCGCCUCUGGCCCCGAGGACGUGGCACUGUACGUGGGGCUCAUGGCUGUGGCCGUCUGCCUGGUGCUGCUGCUGCUCGUGGUGGUCCUGGUGUGCUGCCGCAAGAAGGGGGGCCUGGACCCCGACGUGGCCGACUCGUCCAUCCUCACCGCCGGCUUCCAGCCCGUCAGCAGCAAACCAGCCAAGGCAGGGACGUCCCACCUGCUCACCAUCCAGCCCGACCUCAGCACUGCCACCAUGACCUACCAGGGCUCCCUGUGCUCGCGCCAGGACGGGCACAGCAAGUUCCAACUCAGCAACGGGCACCUGCUGAACCCGCUGGGCGCCGGGCGCCACACCCUGCACCACAGCUCGCCCGCCGCCGAGGGCGUGGAUUUCGUCUCGCGCUUCGCCGCCCAGAGCUGCUUCCGCUCCCUGCCCCGGGGCGCUGCCAACAUGGCCUACGGCACCUUCAAUUUCCUGGGGGGGCGGCUCCUGAUCCCCAACACAGGGAUCAGCCUGCUCAUCCCGCCCGACGCCAUCCCGCGGGGGAAGAUCUACGAGGUCUACCUGACGCUGCACAAGCAGGAGGACGUGAGGUUGCCCCUAGCCGGCUGCCAGACCCUGCUGAGCCCCAUCGUCAGCUGCGGGCCCCCGGGGGUGCUACUCACGCGCCCCGCCAUCCUGGCCCUGGGGCACUGCGUGGAGGCCAACGCUGCCGACUGGAGCAUCCGCCUGAAGAAGCAGUCGUGUGAGGGCACCUGGGAGGACGUGCUGCAGGUCGGGGAGGAGCCGGCCUCGGGGCUCUAUUACUGCCAGCUGGAGGCCCAGGCCGCCUACGUCUACAUGGAGCAGCUGGGACGCUUCGCCCUGGUGGGGGAGUCACUCAGCAUGGCGGCCGCCAAGCGCCUCAAACUUCUGCUCUUCGCACCGGCCUCCUGCAGCUCCCUGGAGUACAGCGUCCGCGUGUACUGCCUCCGCGACACCCUGGACGUGCUCCAGGAGGUGAUGCAGUUGGAGAAGCAGCUGGGGGGGCAGCUGAUCGGAGCCCCCCGCGUCCUGCACUUCAAGGACAGUUACCACAACCUGCGCCUCUCCAUCCACGACAUGCCCAGCUCGCUGUGGAAGAGCAAACUCCUCGCCAGCUACCAGGAGAUCCCCUUCUACCACCUGUGGAGUGGGCUGCAGCCCUACCUGCACUGCACCUUCACGCUGGAGCGCCUCAACCCCAGCACCUGCCAGCUGGCCUGCAAGAUCUGGGUCUGGCAGGUGGAGGGCGACGGGCAGAGCUUCAACAUCAACUUCAACAUCGCCAAGGACACAAGCUUCUCGGACUGGCUGGUGCCCGAGAGCGAGGCCGGCUGCCCAGCCCUGGUGGGCCCCAGUGCCUUCAAGAUCCCCUUCCUCAUCCGCCAGAAGAUUAUCAGCAGCCUGGACACGCCCUGCGCCCGUGGGACUGACUGGAGAACGCUGGCCCAGAAACUCCACCUGGACAGCCAUCUCAGCUUCUUUGCCUCGAAGGCCAGCCCGACCGCCAUGAUCCUGAACCUGUGGGAGGCGCGGCACUUCCCCAGCGGGAACCUGGCGCAGCUGGCCGCCGCCGUGGCCGAGGUGGGCAGACAGGACAGUGCCCUCUUCGCCGUCUCGGAGGCCGAGUGCUGAGGGGCCAGCGCAGGGCGGGGCAGGGCCCUGCGGAGGGGGGAGCACAGGCCCCGGGGCAGCGGCGUGGGUGUGUCUGCCCCAAAGGUGCCAGCUCUGUCCCCCCGGGGGCCUGUGCUGGGCUCCUGGCCCUGCUGCCCGCGCAGGGGGCAGGGGGCUGGCUGGGUGCGGGCACUGACUGAGUGCGGGGGGCUGUGCCCCUUGCUGCCCCAGGACCCCUUGAGGACUCACCUGACACCCCCCCCCCGCAUGCCAAGGGGCUGUGGGCCAGUCCCCCCUUGGGGGCGUCUUGGAGCCAAAGAACAGGCCAUGGCGGGGGCUGCGGGCGGGGGCUCUGAGGGGGGGCUGGGAUGGGCAGCCUGGCUCCAGCCCGGCCCAUCCGGGCGCUGUGUGUGCAGCGGGCAUUGUGCGUCGUGCGUGCUGUAACCGUGUGGGGCCGGGCGGUGCCAGGCCCUGUCCCAUGUUGUGUAAAGACCGGUUUUUAAUUCUGUA